UGCACUGAAUCAGAGAGCUGAAUCUGUUCAUGGACUGGCACUGAAGUUUACGUGAAUGAAUUAUUGCAUAAAAAAUCUUUAAUGUAAAAUGAAAAUGCAUGUAAUUCGUUUAUUUUAAGCUCUUUUUAAAGUUUUUUUUUCACGGGAUUAUUCUGAUUUUUUUAAACAGCUUUGUACAAAUGGCUGUUAGAUUUGUAAACACUAUGUUCUUUACAUUCAUAUUUUUAUGGAGUAACAUUAUGUUCUGUGUAACAGCUGAAGAGAGUAUGGUGUUGAUUCCUGGUGGGAGCAUGAAAAUAGGAACAAACGCUGCUGAUGGGCGAGACGGCGAAUCUCCCGUCAGAGAUGUGAAAGUGGAGACGUUUAAGAUGGACAAAUAUCCUGUCACUAACUCCGAUUUUAGGGAAUUUGUCAGAUUGCAAAAAUAUCAAACAGAGGCUCAAAGAUUUGGUUGGAGUUUUGUGUUCCAGGAUUUUGUGUCUGAGGAGCUGAAAAGCAAAAUCACUCAGAGAAUUGAGUCCGCACCCUGGUGGUUGCCAGUUGAGAAAGCAUUUUGGAGACAGCCGAGUGGACCAGCUUCUACCAUCAAAGACCGGCUCGACUCUCCAGUGGUGCAGGUGAGCUGGAAUGACGCUCAGGCUUACUGUAAGUGGAAGAAGAAGAGGCUGCCCAGUGAAGAGGAGUGGGAAAUAGCUGCACGUGGAGGGCUGGAUGCAAGGACGUACCCAUGGGGCAACAAGUUCCUCCAAAAUCGUGCCAAUUUGUGGCAGGGGUCUUUCCCUGACGGGGACACAGCUGAAGAUGGCUAUCAUGGCAUAGCUCCUGUAACUGCGUUUCCUCCACAAAAUAAUUAUGGACUGUAUGAUAUGUUGGGUAAUGUUUGGGAGUGGACGUCUACCCGUUUUACUUCGCCUCAGAUCAUGUAUGUCCUGCGUGGAGCGUCAUGGAUUGACACAGCUGAUGGAUCAGCCAAUCACAGGGCACGUGUCACCACCCGAAUGGGAAACACGCCAGAUUCAGCGUCGGACAAUUUGGGUUUUCGCUGUGCUUCAGACAUCAAGAUCAAAAAACAGAGCAAGAGCAAAGGAAAAACUGAGUUGUGAGGACCAAACGGGUAAAGCAAUGUUUGUCAGCAGUCAAACACCUUAGUAAUGCGUCUCUGCUGUGGAGACCAGAACCAGACAAUCAUCUUCUUCUUCUUCCGGCUGCUCCCAUUAGGGUUGCCAUAUUGUAAUAAUGUUCUGCAUAUUUGAUUUGGCAUAGGUUUUACACCGGAUGCCCUUCCUGAUGCAACCCUCCCCAGUUUAUACAGACUUGGGACCAGCACUAAGUAUACACUGGCUGGGUAUUUUUACCUAACCUGCAUGUCUUUGGACUGUGGGGGAAACCAGAGCACCUGGAGGAAACCCACACGGACACGGGGAGAACAUGCAAACUCCACACAGAAAGGCCCCCGUCGACUGCUGGGCUCGAACCCAGAACCUUCUUGCUGUGAGGCGACAGUGCUAACCACUACACCACCGUGCCGCCGACACCAUUACAGCAUAAUGGCGGUAAAUAAAGAUAAAAAUAAAAUCCGACUGAGUACCUUUGAUAUGCAUACGAUAAUGAAGAUUUAUGAAUAUGCAAAUUAGAUUUUUUAAAAAAUACAGAACCAGACAAUGAUUAUGGAAACUCAUUCCACUUAACACUGUCAAAAUAAAA